AUGGCGUCCGCCGUCAUUUUCUCCUGUUUCCUCUUCUUCCUCCUCUGCACUUCUCACGCGGCAUAUCAUCAGCAUGCCAACUUCCUCGGUUGCUUUCUUGAAGAAACUGGAGGAUCUUCCUCUUUUUCUUCGAAGAUUUACACUCCCAACGACACCUCUUUCGCCACCUUCUACCGCUCCUCUAUCCAAAACCUCCGCUUCCUCUCCUCCGGCGCAGAGACUCCCUCCUUCCUCAUCCUCCCCUCCGUCGCCCACGACGCGCAGGCAGCCGUCCUCUGCGGCCGCCGUCACGGCGUCCGCCUCCGCGUCCGCAGUGGCGGCCAUGAUUACGAGGGCCUCUCCUACGUCUCCUUCUCCAGUACUGACAGUCCGUUUGCCGUCCUCGACCUCUCUGGCCUCCGCACCAUCGACGUCGACGCUGAAGCCCGCACCGCCUGGGUCGGCGCUGGAGCCACCGUCGGCGAGGUGUACUACCAAGUGGCUGCAGCCAGCCCCACAGCCGCGUUCCCUGCCGGCGUUUGCACCACUGCCGGUGUCGGAGGGCAGUUCAGCGGCGGCGGCAUCGGGUCGUUGCAGAGGAAGUACGGCGUCUCCGCCGACAAUGUCGUGGAUGCCGAGUUGGUCAACGCCGAGGGUGAGCUAUUGACCAGAGAGACCAUGGGGGAAGACUUGUUUUGGGCAAUAAGAGGCGGCGGCGCGGCGAACUUCGGCGUCGUCGUGGCCUACAAAUUGCGACUCGUCCCGGUGCCGCCCAAACUGACGCUGUUCUCCGUGAGCAGAACGCUGGAGGAGGGUGCGACGAGGUUGCUGCAUUCAUGGCAGAGCAUAGCGCCGCGGUUCGCCGACGACCUAUGGAUCGCGGCCGUGGCUUUGGCUGUGGGAGAGGCGCCGCUAAACCGCACGAUCCAGGUCACAUUCCGAGGUCUCUUCCUGGGCCCCUGUCGCGGUAUGCUCGCGGCCAUCAAUAAGAGUUUCCCCGAGCUGGGCGUGAGGGCCGAGGACUGCAACGAGUUGAGUUGGGUGGAGACGACUCUCUCCCUCGACGGCCAUGCAUUGAAUGAUACCAGCGUGCUGUUGGACCGGCGGCCGGUGUACAACAGCUCCUUCAAGAGCAAGUCGGACUUCGUGAGGAAGCCCAUCUCCGAGAAAACAUGGGAGGGGAUUUGGGAGGCUAUGAUGGAGGGGGAGGAGGAGCCUCUGAUAAUGGCAAUGGAGCCGUGGGGUGGAAGGCUUUGGGAGAUAGAAGAUGAUGCCAUUGCCUUCCCUCACAGGAAGGGGAAUUUAUAUAUCAUUCAAUACGGGAUGAGGUGGUUCGAGACAGAGGCGGCGGUGACGGAGAGGCACUUGACAUGGAUGAGAAAGUUCUACGAAUACAUGGCACCUCACGUGUCCAGCAAUCCGAGAGCUGCGUAUCUUAACUUCAAGGAUAUCGACUUGGGUAGCAGCACAGAGGAAGGGAGGACGAGUUACAGGGAAGCAAGCGCUUGGGGAAGAAGAUACUUCCUGCACAACUUUGAGAAGCUUGCGAAAGUCAAGGCUCGAGUUGACCCUGAGAACUACUUCUGGAAUGAACAAGGCAUCCCUCCUUUUGCAUUUGCUGUUGCUGCUAGGUGAAUUU